ACGUCAGUUGUAACAUGUGUGAUUGUGAACAAACAAAUUGUUAACAAAACAUAACCACAAUGGAAGCCAUCGGACCGUAUUUAGUGAUUUUAGUAUUACUUUUUAUUAAUACAAUUCAAGCUGAUAUCAUAGUUGAUACUACUCUAGGUAAAGUCGCUGGAGUUGAAGUCAAAUCCAUACUGAAAAAUGAAAAAUACUAUUCGUUUAUGGGAAUACCUUAUGCCAAACCGCCGCUUGGAAAACACAGAUUUUUGGCUCCAGAGCCACACGAAGGAUGGACCGAUGUACUAGACGCCAAAAAAGAAAGAAAAACAUGCUCUCAAAUGAAUUUGCCAAUGAGACCAUUGAAAAAACAUGGCUUCUGCGGUCAAGAUGACUGCUUGACUCUGAGUAUCUACACUCCAAAACUGCCAAGCAAUGAGGAGUUAAGCAUGCCAGUCGUUGUGUUCCUGUACAAUGAACACUUCAAGGUCUCCCACAACGCAUCCAGGGAAUACGGUCCAGACUUCUUCGUCAAAGAAGGAGUAAUUCUCGUCUCAAUACAACACAGAGUUGGAGCCUUCGGAUUUUUAGCUUUCAAUGACGAAAAGUUACCUGGAAACAACGGUUUCAGAGAUGUAAUAAUGGCUUUAAAAUGGCUGCAACAAAAUAUUCACAAAUUUGGUGGCGACCCAUACAGUAUUACUUUAAUGGGAGUCGAUGGGGGAGCAGCUAUGGUUGAUCUUUUACUCUUAUCACCCAAAGCAAAGGGUUUGUUUAGUAAAGCAAUUCUACAGAGUGGAACAGCAUGGAAUCCAGUUCACAUGCCACCAAACCCUGUGGAUAAAGCAACAGCAUUAGCUAAGCAACUUGAAAGAACAGCUGUGACCAGCACAAAUUUGCUCGAAGAAUUAUCAUCUAUAUCUUCAAUAGAAAUCGCAACUGCUGAUUCCAUGUCAGUUGAUGCUGACGAGGGAAGAAGAAUUCAAUCAGGAUCUGUGCCUUUCGGACCAGUCGUUGAACCAGACCACCCUGAAGCUAUUAUCACUAGUCGUCCAGAAAACAGUAAAAUCGACAUUGACAUUCCAGUAAUGAUUGGUUACAAUUCCAGAGAAGGUAUUGAAAUCAACGAACGUUUCUUACGUAAACCUCAGUACUUGACGUUUGCUGAUAGAGAUUUCUUGAUGGUGUUCCCAAUUAAAGUCGAUUAUCAUUUUCAAUUAAACACGAAUAGUUACCGUAAAGCCAUUGAAGAGAUUAAAGAAUUCUAUUUUGAUGAAGCUUAUGUAAAGAUAAGUAAGCCUGGAGAAUACUUGACGUACGUUGCAGAUGUGAUGGUUUUGUAUCCUAUAGAUUAUGCUUUGAGGAAAUAUGUGAAUGAAUCCAGCUCCCCUGUUUAUUAUUACACGUUCGACUACAGUGGAGAACUUAACAUGAGAAAGAAUAAUGUUAUGGAGGAAGCAGUUACAAUGGAAGGAACAUGGGGUGCCGCUACAGGAGAUGAACUCUGUUAUCUGUUCGUUUGUAAACCAAUUAGCAAGUUGUACAAAAAAAUCUUGGAAGAUGAAGAUUCUGAAGAACUCAAAGUGAUUAGGAACAUGGUUAAACUGUGGACCAAUUUUGCGAAAUCUGGUAACCCUACCCCCGCAGGCAGUGACUUUGUCUGGACUCCAGCCAGUAAGGAAGACAAGGAUUGUCUAGUCAUCAGCGACGAAUUGCAAAUGAAAAAGAACCUUCAUGCUGAUAGGAUAAAAUUCUGGGAUGACUUCCUAGCCAAAUACAAAGCUCUGGCUGUAGACGGAGUCAUCAAGGAUGACAAAGAUGAACUUUAAUUUACAGAAUCUGUAUAAAUUAUUUUGAAUUAAAUUAUUUUAAGUCUUUUAUUAAUUAUAAUUUAUUCAAAUUUCAUUUGUUAACACUAUGUAUUCAAUACAGUUGUUAAAUAUAAGGUGUUUAUGAGAAAAAAAAACCUGUAAAUAAAUGUAGAUUAAAAACAAAAGGUAUUCAUGAAAAUGGCCAUGACCGUAUAACUAAAUAAAAUUAAAU